UGAUUGGGCUAGGACAGGUUCUCACCUGGCCCGGAGGAAAGGGCCCGGAACCGUAGAACUUCAGACUUGAGUCCGGCCCCAGCCUCUUGGGAGCUCCGUGGGUCCCGACCCAGGUGGGGUCACCUGCACUCAGAGAGGAUCUGGGUGUCUGUCCAGGCGCGUCCGCGGACACAGAAUGGGUCGCCGAAUGCCUGAUUGGAUCGCUGUGCAUCAGGCGUGUCCGUGUACCUGGGCGGUCAAGGGUGAAGGCAGGUCUCUAUCAUCACUGUACUUCCAGGUCUAGAACAGCACAAAAAAUUAUUCCAGAAGACACAGGGCCGGAGGAUGACUUAGCCUAUGGCUGACCUGUGCCCACCUUGAGCUUUCCCCCAACUAACCAGAAUUUUGUCAGUGACCCACCUCGAUGCCCACUAAGGGGGACAUGAGACAGAGGAACCUGGAGUUGGGGGACUCUUAAGACAGAAGCUGGGCCUGGGCCAGGAGACAAACAGGAAGUGCACAGGCAUCCAAGAGACACACCUGGUGUUCAGACCCUGACCAGGCCACGAAGACCGUGUGGGGUGGAGAGAGUGACGCCUUGCUUCAACCCUACCCAGGACAGGUUUUCACCACCAGAUACUUGAGACAGACUUGGAAGACUGAGGCCUGUUGAAAGCGCAGAGCUCAGCCCCAGCAUUCAUUGCCCCCAAAAGCUUCAUGCAGGUGCCACAGAAUGGAGAGGACUUUGCCAGCCAACCUUGGUACCACGGUCUCCUGUCCCGCCAGAAGGCAGAGGCUCUUCUUCAGCGAGAUGGCGACUUCUUGGUUCGUGCGUCUAGGACCUGUGGGGACCACCCUGUGAUCUCCUGCCGCUGGCGGGGCUCUGCCCUACACUUUGAGGUGCUUCGUGUGGCCUUGCGUCCCCGGCCAGGCCGGCCCACAGCCCUCUUUCAGCUGGAGGAUGAGCGUUUCCCAAGCCUGCCUGCCCUGAUUCGCAGCUACGUGAAUGGCCGGCGUCCACUGACCCAGGCUACAGGGGCUGUGGCCUCCAGGCCGGUGAUCCGGCAAGGGCCUAUUCAACGCAGCUUUAGUGAGGAAACCCUCUUAGACAGCCCGUCUCGGAUAGAGCUACUCAGGGCUAGGAAGUGGAGUGACAGUCAGCCUGCAGGUUUGGAACAUGUGGGAAGGUCAAGAGAAGGCCACUCUGAACCAGGAGCCUCCACUGUGCCCACACUUGCCCUGUCUUGCAUGGGUAGUGACCCUGUGUUGCUGAAGACCCCGGCUCCCCUGGGAUCCAUCGCUGACAGCCUCAGUGCCUCAGAUGGGCAGCUUCAUGCCAAGGCGCCAAGCAAGCCACCUCGAACGUCCUCACUGGUGCUGCCGGAUGCCUCUGAACAACCCCCAACUUACUGUGAGCUGGUGCUCCGAGUGCCCAGCGCCCAGGGGACACCCCCUGGCCACCAAGGCCCAGAGCCAGAAGCCCCGUGGUGGGAGGCCCAGGAGGAGGAGGAGGAGAGAUGUUUCACAAGACCACAGGCAGACAUCUCUUUCUGCCACCUGAGCAAAUCCUCUGGCCUUCUGGGCCCCCAGAACCGGCCCUUGGAGCCCAAAGUCCUGCAUACUCUCCGCGGCCUGUUCCUGGAGCACCAUCCUGGGAGCACUGCCCUCCACCUGCUACUGGCAGACUGCCAGGCUGCUGGCCUGCUGGGAGUGACCAAGGCUCAGCGGGAUGCCAUGGGGGUUGCCUCUGGCCUGGAGCUGCUCACACUUCCCCAUGGCCAUCGCUUGAGGUCAGAACUGCUGGAAAGGCACGAGGUGCUGGUGCUGGCCGGUGCGCUGGCGGUGCUGGGCUGCACGGGGCCGCUGGAGGAGCGCACAGCCGUCCUGAGGGGCCUGGUGGAACUGGCGCUGGCGCUACGGCCAGGGGCGGCGGGGGACCUGCCCGGACUGGCCGCUGUCAUGGGCGUCCUGCUCAUGCCCCAGGUGUCCCGGCUGGAACAAACGUGGCGCCAGCUCCGAAGGAGCCACACCGAGGCCGCAGUGGCUUUCGAGCAGGAGCUGAAGCCGCUGAUGCGGGCGCUGGAUGAGGGCGCCGGACCCUGCGACCCUGGCGAGGUGGCGCUGCCUCACGUGGCCCCCGUGGUGCGCCUGCUGGAAGGCGAGGAAGUCCCGGGGCCGCUAGAUGAGAGUUGUGAGCAGUUGCUGCGCACCCUGCAGGGGGCGCGUCAAAUGGCCCAGGACGCACCCAAAUUCCGCAAGGCCGCGGCCCAGCGCCUGCAAGGAUUCCGGCCGAAUCCCGACCUGCAGGAGGCCCUGACCACUAACUUCCUGCGGAGGCUGCUCUGGGGUAGCCGGGGUGAGGGGGCUCCGAGGGACAGUCGUCUGGAGAAGUUUCAGCAGGUCCUUAGUGCCCUGUCACUGCGCCUGGAGCCUGACUGCUGAGAGUGCAGACCCCCGUCUUCACAUUGGCACAUCCAGACUUCUGGUGACCCCAGCAGGACACCUAGGAAAUCAUCCCAGUUUGCUCACACAGCCAAACAGGGUGAGGACCCACACCCUCGCUUGCAGAAGCGGGGGCAGGUUUGCAAGAGCCCACCCUGCCCCCUAAAAAUAUACAGGGAUCCUGGGGUGAGGGGCAGACCCCCCUUCCCCCCAGGAGAAGACCCAGGCCGUGGAGGCCCUGGCUGCCCUCACCCGCCCCCACCCCCACACAUAUCCCACAAAUGGUGAAUGUGUAGCUUCUAAUGAUAAGAGAACUUGAAACUCUGUGAGAGGCCAGAGUUCAAAUGCCUUUCAAAAAGUUGUGACUACUAGCAGAUUGCUUGGCUUCUUUGUGCCUGCCUUCAACACAAAAGUGAGCUGGAACUUUCUAGGGGUUAUUAUAGGAAUUAAAGCUCAAUAUUUACAUGAGAUAAUGGGUGGAGAAUGCUUGGCACACAGUAGGUGCUCAAUAAAUGCUACCCAUUCUCAGAAAGUUGCCGUGAACAUGGAAGGGAUGUUUGCCACCCUUCUCCCUACACUAGUCGGAAGACAAGGGCCCAAAUCUCAGGAAGAGGGUGUGUCCAGUGUGCCCAAAUUCACCUUCCCUUCCUCAUUCCCUGUGUGGCCUGUAAGGAGGGUGGCAUUUGAAUAUCCAACCCCAGUUUCUACAUCUCCUAAUAAAGCAUGGAAUCCAAGAA